ACCAUGCUCUCCCGACUGGCCGUGGUGGCCCUUGCGGCGCUCUCUGCAGUGGACUCGGCGUUCGGACGACAGCUUACGAAAAAGGACGUUCGUGCACGACAGCAUGAGGCCGCGAAACGGUGGUCGAUGGACUCGCGUGCGAAGCGCGCGACAGGUGGAGGAAUCAAGAAUAUUACUUUCUCCAACCCUCGCGCCUCUGAAUUCUACGUGGACGGGACGACCCUACCCGACGUGAACUGGGAUGUGGGUCCGAGCUGGGCUGGGCUGUUGCCCAUCAGCAGUGACCCUAACGAGACUCGGCAGCCUUACUUCUGGUUCUUCCCCCCGGGACCUCAAGGGAGUCUGGAUGACCUGCUUUUCUGGACGAACGGCGGACCUGGUUGCUCGUCCCUAGAGGGCUUCCUGCAGGAGAACGGCCCGAUUACAUGGUCCUGGGGUCAAGCUGGACCCACCGUAAAUGAGUACAGCUGGACCAACCUGUCGAGCGUCCUCUGGGUCGAGCAGCCAGUCGGCACGGGCUACUCUCAGGGCACACCAAAUAUUACGAACGAAGACGAUUUGGCCGCUCAAGUGGUCGGGUUUAUGCAGCAGUUCCUCGAGGUUUUUUCAGAACUGAAGGGCAAGAACUUCUAUCUGUCAGGCGAAAGUUAUGCAGGAUACUACGUGCCUUAUAUUGCCAACUACAUAUACAGCCACCCUGGCGACUUGGACCUGUCUCUGAAAGGGAUUUGGAUCUCCGAUCCAUCCCUGUCGUACGAUGUCGUGCAAGAAGAGAUUCCUGCAGUGGACUUCGUGCACAAGUAUGAAAGCGUGUUCUCGCUGAACCAAACGUUCAUGGAAUACCUCGACAAGACCGCAGAGAAGUGCGGUUACACAGGCUACUACCAAAAGUAUGUGACGUUCCCGCCCAAGGGGCCCUUGCCUAUGCCUGGAGGCACUCCCGACAUCUCCGAUGAGUGUGACGUCUGGGAUGCCAUCUUUUCGGCUGCCUUGCUGGUGAACCCUGCUUUCGACAUAUAUCGCAUAUUUGACACGUACCCCAUCCUAUGGGAUGUCCUCGGUUUCCCCGGGUCAUUCCCCAACGUCCAGUCGCCCAUCUACUUCGACAGGCAAGACGUCAAGGCUGUGAUCCACGCGCCGCUCAACACGACCUGGUCGGAAUGCUCGAACAUCAGCGUCUUCCCCAAUGGCGAUAACAGCCCGCCGUCCGCUCUGUCCGUGCUGCCAAACGUGAUUGAGAAGAGCGAGCGGACUGUCAUUGUUCACGGUCUCGCAGACUUCAUCUUGAUUGCGGAGGGAACGCGCAUCGCGAUACAAAACAUGACUUGGAACGGUGCCCAGGGCUUCCAGGCACCCAUCGCCAACGAAAGUCUCGUCGUCGAGGGAAUGGGCGCGCUCGGCAACGCGCAUUUUGAGCGCGGCCUGACCUAUGUCGAAGUUGACCUCAGCGGCCACAUGGUCCCCCAAUUUUCCCCUGUGGCCGCCUUCCAGAUCAUGGAGUACCUCAUGGGCUUCAGGGAUAGUCCGUCGGUAUGAUGCUCACGGAGGAAUCAAGUAGCCACUGGGAAAGGGGGCAUGGACUUCGUCAUGCUCACAUAGUGCUCUUGUAACCAUGUGGCUUCAUGACCUUUAGCCUAUCCAUUGUCUUGGUACCCCUGCAUUGGGGUAAUAGUAUGCGGGACUGCGUUCUUUGCCCUG